AUGCCGUACUCUGUACUGGUAGCAGGUACGCCAGGUGUAGGCAAAACUACCUUUUCUAAAGAGCUAGCUGCAGCUAUGGGCUCGUGUCGGGUUAUCGAACUUGGCAAAACAAUUGCGGCUGAGCACCUUUACAGUGAGUGGGAUGAUGACCAUAACUGCAGCAUAUUCGACGAAGAUGCUGUUGAGGAGCAUCUUGAGAGCCUUGGAGUCUUCGGCAAGGAGAAUGUCGUGGUCGACUUCCACUCCCCGGAUUUCCUCCCAUCGGAAUGGUAA